UGAUGUUUAAAAAUUAAUAUUUAAUACAAGCAAGUUAUUAGACUGUGUUUGAAAAUAUGUGGAGUACUCUGACUCAUGUAUUGUGCGUCUGUUUGGUUUACUUAAGAUACAGUGCAAACGCCGCCUGCAGUGACAACAAAUUCGAGUGUGAAAAUGGCAGCUGCAUCUCCCAAUACGAUGUUUGCAAUGGCGUCAAGAACUGUCCCGAUGGCUCAGAUGAAACGGCGCUGAACUGCAUCUCUCAGCGUGAAUACUGCAGCAAGCCCUACUUUCAAUGUAGCUAUGGCGCCUGCGUAAUCGGCACUGCCGCCUGCAAUGGGAUCAAGGAGUGCGCGGAUAACUCAGAUGAGACUGUACUACGUUGUGGCAAUGAGGAUGACAUACGUGAAUUCGAUCGUCGUCAGCAAGGCAACUGCCAAGAAAAUGAAAUCAAGUGUCCUUCGGGCAUUUGCAUUGACAAGAGCAAGUAUUUGUGCGAUGGCCACGAUGACUGCGGCGAUGGCAGCGGCUUCGAUGAGUCUGUUGAGCUAUGCGCGCAUAUGGAGUGUCCUGGCUACUCCUUCAAGUGUGCCAGCGGCAGCUGCAUUGCCAGUCAGUUGGUCUGCAAUAACGCAAGCGAUUGCUUCGAUGGCAGCGAUGAGGCGCCACUGCUUUGCAACACCACCGGCGUGUCCACGCAACCGACAAUCAAGGACACGCCUAUAGAUCAAAUAGGCUGCCCAUUGCCGCUGGGCGAGGAGCGUCCCAUUGUCAAGGAUCGCGAUCAGCGCUUAAUAACGCCGCCAAUUAUACGCGGCACUGUUUACUUCCACUGCAAUCCGGGUUACUUUCUGCAGGGACCCGAGAGCAGUCACUGCGCCAAUCGCAAAUGGGGCUCACCCAUUGUGCCCAAGUGUGUUAAAUACUGCGAUGCCAAGCGCGACUCAAGCGGCAGCUCCAAGGACAUGUUCAAUGGCUAUUCCACACGCGCUACUUGCCUGCUGCAAGGACAAACAGUGGACUGCGGCAAGCGUUAUCAUGAGCCAGGCACAGAGAUUAAAUUCAACUGCGCCACAGGAUUUCAAACUUUGAAGACUUCGCUGCCGGACAUGAAAUGUUUGCCUAGCGGCCACUGGAGUCGUGAGCGUGAGCGCUGCGAUCAGGAGUGCGGACAGAUUGCCACGCCCAUUAAGCAAUUCUCAGCCGAUGGCUACUCCAUCAACAACACUGAAGUGCCCUGGCACGUGGGACUCUACACUUGGCACAAUGAGCGUGAUUACAACUUUGUUUGUGGCGGUUCGUUGAUUACGCCCGAUCUGAUUAUAACAGCUGCGCACUGUGUAUUCAAUGAAGUCACUGGACACACCUACGCCAAGGAAAUCUUUCGUGUAGUGGCUGCCAAGCUCUACAGAGGCUACAAUGAAGUCAACAGCGAUGAGCGCAGACGCGACGUUGAGGACAUUGUUGUUGCUGCUCGCUACAAGGGCAGAGAGGACAAUUUCUUCAACGACUUGGCGCUGAUUGUGCUCAAGCAGGCCUUCGAGCUGAGCGACGUCAUACGUCCUGUCUGCAUACACUUUUCCACUUUUGCCGAAAAGGAAACGAUUAAUAAUAAUGUAGAGGGUCGCUUUGCUGGCUGGAACUACAAAGAGAAACGUGAGCUGCAGUUUGUGCCCGCUGUAUCGAGAAUGAACUCGGAGUGUGUUGCCAGCCUAAAGGAUAUUCGUCCCGACAAGUUCUGCAUGUAUACGCAUGGUAAAUCCUUGGCUUGUCAUGGUGACAGCGGCGGCGGCUUCACAGCUAAGCGCGAGACAAGCGCAUUCUCCAGAGAUCCCUUUAGACAUUUUCUUUAUGGCGUCAUUAGCAGCGCUCCCAAUGCUGGGCAAUGUGCUCUCAGUCUGACUACGCUGACCAACAUACAACACUUUGAGGAAAUGAUUACAGCUGAAAUGGAGAAGAGUCGAAAUCUUAGAUCUUAGUCAGCGCUUUGAAUACUCAAACUUAAUUUACAUUGCAACAAGUUUAAGGCAAGCUUUUGCUCGAAAUUAAA